UGAAAGAAGUCAGUGACUUUCCAGAGCCUUAAAGUGGCAGAACCUUGGUCUUCAUGACUUCAAAGUCUGCGCUUCAAUCAAUGCCUUUCCUGCAUAAGAAGUCAGGGUGGAUGGCUUAGUGGUUAUGGCACUUGACUGCAAAGCCAAAGGACUCCAGAUUCACCAACAGCAUGAACCAAGAAAAGUUAGCCAAACUUCAGGCUCAGGUCCGGAUAGGGGGCAAGGGUACAGCUCGCAGAAAGAAGAAGGUGGUACACAGAACAGCGACAGCUGACGACAAAAAACUCCAGAGUUCUCUGAAAAAACUGGCUGUAAAUAACAUAGCUGGUAUUGAAGAGGUGAACAUGAUCAAAGACGAUGGAACAGUUAUUCAUUUCAACAACCCCAAAGUCCAAGCUUCCCUGUCCGCCAACACCUUUGCGAUCACUGGUCACGCAGAAGCCAAACCAAUUACAGAAAUGCUUCCUGGAAUAUUAAGUCAGCUUGGGGCUGACAGCUUAACAAGCCUUAGAAAGUUAGCUGAACAGUUCCCACGGCAAGUGCUGGACAGCAAAGCUCCAAAGCCAGAAGACAUUGAUGAGGAGGAGGACGACGUUCCAGACCUUGUAGAAAACUUCGAUGAAGCCUCGAAGAACGAGGCUAACUGAAAUCCUUCCUGGGGGUUUGGAAGCUGGCGCGGACUGGAUGGACGAUCAGCUACGUGGUCCCGAAGCUUUGCAGACACAGGGAACAUCCACUGUUACCAGUUCAGUGAUACGGAUAUUUUGUAUAUUAAUGAUGCUGUUUGUUCAGCAUUUUCUUGGUCAUUUGAUUUUUUUUUUUUUUUUCAUUUUGCAUUUUGCACUUCUUCCCAGGGUCUUUUCUUUUAGUCAGAAUAUGAAGCGCGUCGUUGCAGCUUGAGGGUAUUUUGGGUUCUGAACCUUCUGUUGCGGUUUGGGGGGGAGGGGUGCUCUUGGUGUACGUAUGUAUGUAUGUAUAGGUGUGCGUGUGUGUGUGUGUGCACGGUGGAGAGCAAAUUGGAAAACAGCUCUAUUUAUCCUCUUCCUUCCCCCAGUAGAAAUAAAACAAAUCUUUACAUUUGUUAUUAUUAUUAUUUUUGUUUUGAACAAUGCACUAGUCUAAAGUGAAUAUCUGAUUUCGUAUUUAAAGCGAUUCUUGACCAUUGGAGAUUGGUAAAACUGGCGUGGAUAACUGUCAUGUUAUUUUUAAUAUUUCUCAGUGGAAACUGUCCUGAGGCACUUGUCUACCCAAGUGUUUUCUAUCCCCAACUUCUUCCUAGUCCUUCUGUUAACCUCUCCUGUCCCCCGAGUGGACCAGUCGGCCUUUCCUCCUCAUCUCCUGCCUAGCUUGAGAAGGGUGCUGCCCAUGUAGAGUUGAGCGAGUGCCUACUCCCUGAUUUUGUAAGAUUUCAGUUCCUCAUCUUAAAGAACAGGUCCAUCGUUAACCAUUUAUUCCCCCUCAUUUGACAGUUUGGGCAGACCUCAAACUGCAAUAGCUAGCAUGUGCUUGCUAAAUAACGACGCCGGCCUUAUCCUGUGUCCUAGCUGUUCUGGGUCGCAGGCACCAGAAGGCUGCUUUUUCAGCAAGGCUGGAAUUCAGAAGCCCCUUCUGAACGAGAAGAACUGGGGCCACAGGCCUCCCCUAGAGUCAGCGAGCAUUCUGUGAAAUGGCACUUGCCCCGGGAGGGUUUCUUCAGUCAUUCUCCUACUCUUGGCCUUGAACCUACCUCUGAGUUAGAGCUUAUUAGUGAUGAGAACCGCUCACAACACCCUCCUGCAUACUUGGAAUAAUGCUUUGGGGGAGCACUAUAAAACACACUAUUUAUUUUCUUUUUAAACCUCCUCUCAGAAGAGUAGGAGUUGUAUUCAUUCACUCACGUUUUCUCUUGCUGUUUGAUAAAAGCUUACCUUUUGCAUAUCAGCAUUUCUUAUAGACAGUAUCUUAGGGUAAGAGUUUAAAAUCUGUCCUUUCCUGGCCCAUCCCCAAGCUGACUGCAGCUUACCCUUGCGGCAUGCCAACUUGUUUCAACCUAGUGACCUUCCCUUCCUAGCUAGUGUGAGACCAACAGCCCCAGGAGAUCUACAGAGAGGAAGGCAAUGAUGCCCUCGUUUUUUUUGUUUGUUUGUUUGUUUUUCUAGCCAAACACUUUACAUUUUUAUUUUAAAUCUGUUGGGUUUUCUUUUCCUGUUAUGUUUUAUAUAUUACAUGGACUUAAGAAAGUAACAUUAAUAAAAUAAUAAUACAAAAGAGGAGCUUGACCCCUCUUGUGCCUCUCU